AUGAGCGCCAACGGGCCUGCCACAGCCCCCUCUCCUGCAGCCCCAGAAGCCGCUCCCACCCCAACCCCUACCCCAGCCCCUGCUCCAGCCCCAGCUCCUGUGGCACCAUCUGCUGCGCCUGCCCCACCUGCCCCGGCGGCCACCACCAUCCCGGUAGGUGCGUUGGCACAGAAGAAGCGGCAGCAGUAUGCCAAAAGCAAGAAACAGGGCAGUAAUGCCAACAGCAGACCACCGAGGGCUCUGUUCUGCCUCAAUCUCAACAACCCCAUACGCAGGGCCUGCAUCAGCCUGGUGGAGUGGAAGCCAUUUGAUAUCUUUAUAUUAAUUGCUAUUUUUGCCAACUGCAUGGCCUUAGCUGUAUAUAUCCCCUUCCCCGAGGAUGACUCCAACUCCACCAACCACGACCUGGAAACAGUUGAAUAUGCCUUCCUCAUCAUUUUUACAAUCGAAACCUUUCUGAAGAUUAUCGCCUAUGGUUUGGUGAUGCACCAGAACGCGUAUGUGAGAAACGGUUGGAACAUGCUGGAUUUUGUCAUUGUCGUCAUUGGACUGUUUAGUGUUGUCUUGGAGGUUUUGACCAAAGAUGAGAAGGUAGAAGUUGAAGGAGCUGCUCUCCACCCGUCAAUGCAUGGCCAUGGAGGCAAGCCAGGGGGAUUUGAUGUUAAAGCCCUUCGAGCCUUCCGUGUGCUGCGACCCCUGCGGCUGGUCUCAGGAGUACCCAGUUUACAGGUGGUUUUGAACUCCAUCAUUAAAGCCAUGGUCCCUCUCCUUCACAUUGCCCUCCUGGUCUUGUUUGUCAUCAUAAUCUAUGCUAUUAUUGGCCUGGAGCUUUUCAUCGGCAAAAUGCACGCUACCUGCUUCAUUCUUGGCACAGAUGCGUUAGCAGAGGAGGAACCAGCUCCAUGUGCAAUCUCAGGGCAUGGGCGCCAAUGCCCCAUCAACGGCACCGAGUGCAGGGAGGGCUGGCAUGGUCCCAACGGUGGUAUUACUAAUUUUGACAACUUCCUGUUUGCAAUGGUGACAGUGUUCCAGUGUAUCACCAUGGAGGGCUGGACGGAUGUGCUGUACUGGAUGAACGAUGCUAUGGGCUUUGAGCUUCCUUGGGUGUACUUUGUCAGUCUCGUGAUCUUCGGCUCCUUUUUCGUUCUUAACCUGGUUCUGGGUGUGUUGAGCGGAGAGUUCUCUAAGGAGAGAGAAAAGGCCAAAGCUCGAGGAGACUUCCAGAAGCUUCGUGAGAAGCAGCAGCUGGAGGAGGAUCUAAAGGGUUACUUGGACUGGAUCACCCAGGCUGAGGACAUCGAUCCCGAGAACGAGGAUGAAGCUGAAGAAGAGAGCAAGCGUAAUCGGGUCACACUGGCUGAUCUUACCGAGAAGAAGAAAGGAAGGUUUGGGUGGUUCAGCCAGUCCUCCGACACUCAUGCGAGCGUUCCAGCCAGUGAGACCGAGUCCGUGAACACAGAGAACCCGAAUGGAGAGGACGAGAAAACACCGUGCUGUGGCCCUCUAUGUCAAAAAAUUUCAAAGUCAAAGUUCAGUCGGCGCUGGCGCCGCUGGAACAGGUUUUGCCGCAGGAAGUGCCGGUUGGCAGUAAAGUCGGUGCCUUUCUAUUGGCUGGUCAUCAUCCUGGUGUUCCUAAACACCCUCACCAUCUCAUCCGAACACUACAACCAGCCCGAGUGGCUGACGCAAGUGCAGGAUGUGGCCAACAAGGUGCUCUUAGCCCUGUUCACAUGUGAGAUGUUGGUCAAAAUGUACAGUCUUGGGCUCCAGGCCUAUUUCGUGUCACUGUUCAACCGUUUUGAUUGCUUUGUGGUGUGUGGCGGCAUCACUGAGACUAUACUGGUGGAGCUGGAAAUCAUGUCCCCUCUUGGAAUCUCUGUGUUCCGCUGUGUCCGUCUGCUUCGAAUCUUCAAGGUUACGCGUCACUGGCAGUCUCUAAGUAACCUGGUGGCCUCGCUGCUCAACUCCAUGAAGUCCAUCGCCUCCCUUCUGCUGCUGCUCUUCCUCUUUAUCAUCAUCUUCUCACUGCUGGGAAUGCAGGUAUUUGGGGGGAAAUUCAAUUUCGACGAGACCCAGACCAAGAGGAGCACUUUUGACAACUUCCCCCAAGCCCUGAUCACUGUGUUUCAGAUAUUGACUGGAGAAGACUGGAAUGCUGUUAUGUAUGAUGGAAUUAUGGCGUACGGCGGCCCUUCCUCCUCAGGAAUGAUUGUGUGCAUUUACUUCAUCAUUCUUUUUAUCUGCGGAAACUACAUCCUUCUGAAUGUCUUCUUGGCUAUUGCUGUGGACAACCUGGCAGAUGCUGAGUCGCUCAACACAGACGAAGGAGACAAGAAAGGGGACAAAAAGGAUGAAGAAAAAGACGAGAAGGAGGAAGAGGAAGAAAAUGACGAUGUUGCAGCCGAGGAGGAGGACCCAGAGGUCCCAUCAGGACCUCGGCCAGCCAUCUCCGAGCUAGUAAAGAAGGAGAAGAUCACUCCCAUCCCAGAAGGAAGUGCCUUCUUCAUCUUCAGUAGUACUAACCCGAUUCGUGUGGGUUGCCACAAACUCAUCAACCACCACAUAUUCACCAACCUCAUCCUGGUCUUCAUCAUGCUCAGCUCUGUUUCACUUGCUGCUGAGGACCCUAUCCGGAAUUUCUCAGCACGUAAUAUUAUACUUGGUUACUUUGACUAUGCUUUCACGGCUAUCUUUACUGUUGAGAUCGUUUUGAAGGUCCUAGGCUAUGCAGAUUAUGUCUUCACUAGUAUGUUUACAUUUGAGAUCGUGUUGAAGAUGACGACAUAUGGAGCUUUCCUUCACAAAGGAGCCUUCUGCAGGAAUUACUUCAACUUGCUGGACCUGUUGGUGGUUGGAGUGUCUCUUGUGUCCUUCGGUAUCCAGUCAUCUGCCAUCUCGGUGGUGAAGAUUCUAAGAGUUCUACGAGUCCUUCGACCCUUGAGGGCUAUCAACAGAGCCAAGGGUCUAAAGCAUGUGGUCCAGUGUGUGUUUGUGGCCAUCAGGACCAUCGGUAACAUCAUGAUUGUCACCACUCUGCUACAGUUCAUGUUUGCCUGUAUCGGAGUCCAACUCUUCAAGGGAAAGUUUUACCGCUGUACAGAUGAAGCGAAGUCCAGCCCAGAAGAGUGCAAGGGCACCUACAUCCUGUAUAAGGAUGGAGAUGUGAACCAGCCUACAAUCCACAAACGACAGUGGCACAACAGCGAGUUCAACUUCGACAACGUCCUCAUGGCCAUGAUGGCUCUGUUCACUGUGUCUACAUUUGAAGGCUGGCCUGCGUUGCUAUACAAGGCCAUCGACUCAAACAGGGAGAACCUCGGCCCCAUUUACAACUACCGCGUGGAGAUCUCCAUCUUCUUCAUCAUUUACAUCAUCAUCAUCGCAUUCUUCAUGAUGAACAUCUUUGUAGGUUUUGUGAUCGUCACAUUUCAGGAACAGGGAGAGAAAGAGUAUAAAAACUGUGAACUUGACAAGAACCAGCGCCAAUGUGUGGAAUAUGCACUUAAGGCUCGUCCAUUGAGGAGGUACAUCCCAAAAAAUCCUUACCAGUACAAGUUCUGGUAUGUGGUGAACUCCACAGGGUUUGAAUACAUCAUGUUUGUACUCAUCAUGCUCAACACACUCUGCCUGGCUGUCCAGCACUACGGCCAGUCAGCACUGUUUAACUAUGUGAUGGACAUCCUCAAUAUGGUCUUCACCGCCGUCUUCACUGUGGAGAUGGUUCUCAAGCUAAUUGCUUUCAAACCCAGGCACUAUUUCACUGACGCUUGGAACACAUUUGAUGCCUUAAUUGUUGUUGGUAGUGUCGUCGAUAUCGCUAUCACUGAAGUGAAUAAACUUGUAGAGCCAACGGAGAUUCCUCAGGUGGAUGAGCUGGGGAACACUGAGGACAGUGCUCGCAUCUCCAUCACGUUCUUUCGUCUGUUUCGAGUGAUGCGAUUGGUCAAGCUGCUCAGCAGAGGGGAGGGCAUUCGCACCUUGCUAUGGACAUUUAUCAAAUCCUUCCAGGCCCUACCUUAUGUUGCCCUUCUGAUAGCCAUGCUGUUUUUCAUCUAUGCUGUUAUUGGCAUGCAGGUGUUUGGUAAAAUUGCCAUGGUGGAUGGCACUCACAUCAACAGAAACAACAACUUCCAGACCUUUCCUCAGGCUGUGCUGCUUCUCUUCAGGUGUGCCACUGGUGAGGCGUGGCAAGAGAUCAUGUUGGCAUGUAUGCCAGGGAAACUGUGUGACCCAGAAUCAGACUACAGCCCUGGAGAGGAGAUGACUUGUGGAAGUGGAUUUGCCAUCAUCUACUUCAUCAGCUUCUACAUGCUUUGCGCCUUCCUGAUUAUCAAUUUGUUUGUGGCCGUCAUCAUGGACAAUUUUGACUAUCUAACACGUGACUGGUCUAUUCUUGGUCCACACCACUUAGAUGAAUUCAAGAGAAUCUGGUCAGAGUAUGACCCAGAGGCAAAGGGGAGGAUUAAACAUCUAGAUGUUGUGACCCUGCUCCGCCGCAUUCAACCUCCUCUCGGCUUCGGCAAACUUUGCCCUCAUAGAGUGGCCUGCAAGAGACUGGUUGCCAUGAACAUGCCUCUGAACAGUGACGGCACGGUCAUGUUCAACGCCACUCUGUUCGCGUUGGUGCGCACGGCCCUGAAGAUCAAAACAGAUGGUAAUCUAGAGCAGGCCAACGAGGAGCUUCGGGCGGUCAUCAAGAAAAUCUGGAAGAGGACCAGCAUGAAACUGCUGGAUCAAGUGGUUCCCCCUGCUGGUGAUGAUGAGGUAACCGUGGGGAAGUUCUAUGCCACCUUCCUGAUACAGGACUACUUUAGGAAAUUCAAGAAACGUAAAGAGGAAGGCCUGGUGGGUGCGCACCCCUCCCAAAACAACACAGCCGUCGCUCUGCAGGCUGGCCUUCGCACGCUUCAUGAUAUUGGGCCCGAAAUUCGCCGAGCAAUAUCAUGUGAUCUGCAGGAUGACGAACUAGUAGACUUUAUUCCAGAGGAGGACGAGGAAAUUUAUAGGCGUAACGGCGGGCUGUUCGGCAACCACAUCUUGAACGGGGGCCACCGGCGCUCCAACGGCCACCAGACCAAUGCCACGCAGCGGCCUCUUCAGGUGCAGCCACCCCCGCACUAUGCCCACAUGGAGCAGCCGGUGGGGCGCCUGUGUCGAGCCAACGCAAUGUCCAACCCCAACGCCCGCCACCACCACCACCAUCACCAUCGCCACCACAACUCCUAUGGCAAGUCGCCAAAGUCCACCAACAUCAACCUCAAUAACGCCAACGUAUCCAGCCUGCCCAAUGGGGGACACCAUCGCUACUAUGAGCAUGCACCUCCCAACGGCUACCCCGGACACCGCAGCUCCUACUAUGACUAUGACAAGCCCCGGACCCCCCAGGGGCAGAGAAGGCGCUACUAUGAGACCUAUGUUAGGUCCCGUGGAGGGGAUGGCCAUCACCCCACCAUCCGCAGGGAGGAGGAUUUUGAUGAGGACCGCUACUCUGGAGAAUACUACAGCGGGGAGGAGUUUUAUGAAGAUGACAGCAUGCUGUCCGGGGACAGGUAUCAGAACAGUGACACAGAGUACGAGACCCCCAAAGGUUACCAUCACCCCGACAGUUACUAUGAUGAUGACGAGCAGCCUCUCUACCGUGAUUCACGGAGAUCACCGAAGAGGCGGCUGCUUCCUGCCACACCUCAAGGUCACCGGAGGCCAUCCUUCAACUUUGAGUGUCUGCGCAGGCAGAGCAGCCAGGACGAGCUUCCACAUCAGCGCACGGCUCUACCGCUGCACCUCAUGCAGCAUCAGGUUAUGGCUGUAGCAGGCCUGGACUCCAGCAGAGCCCACCGCCUCUCCCCAACCCGCUCCACCCGCUCCUGGGCAACACCACCUGCUACACCAGCCAGUAAAGAGCAGUCACCGUACUACACCCCUCUGAUCCGCGUGGACCACCCGCACAGGGAGAGCGCUGCUAGCAGCCAGGUAUCUGUACGCAAGAGCUCCUGGUACACAGAUGAUCCUGAGUACUCACAGAGGACCUACUCGCCAGUCCACCUGCAGGUACCCCCGGAGUACUGCAACCAGUACCACCAGAAGCGAGGUAGUGCCACCAGCUUAGUGGAAGCGGUUUUGAUAUCGGAAGGGCUUGGGAGAUAUGCCAAGGACCCCAAAUUUGUCGCUGCCACAAAGCAUGAGAUAGCAGAUGCCUGUGAGAUGACAAUAGAUGAGAUGGAGAGUGCAGCCAGCCAUCUACUGAACGGCGGGGUGGCCCCGGGCAUCAAUGGGGUCAACGUGUUUCCCAUCCUGAGCGCGAGGGACUAUGAACUGCAGGACACUGCAGCCAGUUACAGUGACGAGGAGCCCGAGACAGAGCUCAGAGCUUCCUAUGAGGAGGACCUGGCGGACGAGAUGAUAUGCAUCACCACUUUAUAG